AUGACAGACAAUCAGGCCAUGCACUUCCUUAUUGUGGGCGCUGGAUUUGGCGGAUUAGCCUGCGCCCUCGAACUACAGCGCAAAGGUUGCACAGUCCAUGUACUCGAAAAAGAAAAACAAUUAUCAGAGUCAGGUGAUGUUAUAAUUAUCGCUGCCAAUGGCACGAUAGUCAUCGAGAAAUGGCCAGCCGUAUGGAACGACCUGAACGUGACCGCGUCCAAGAUUCCGGCCAUUACAAUCCAAGACAGCGCUGGGAAGCUCCUUGUUUCCCAGCCAUGGGAUGAGGCGUACAAUGGCCACAUCAAUAUCUGGACCAGCCGUGCUCGAUUGCAGAAAGCCAUGUAUGACGAAGCAAUCAGACAAGGAGUCAAGAUCACCUUCGGUGCCAAGGUCUCAGAUCAUUGGGAAGAGGGUGAUUCGGCCGGAGUUUUUGUCAAUGGCGAGAAACUUGUCGCAGAUGCGGUCAUCGGGGCAGAUGGAGUCUACAGCAAGACGCGAACGUACAUCACAAAAGCUCCUGAUUCUCCUACGCGGAGCGGUGUUGCCAUAUACCGCUCAUGGUUCCCCAUGGACCGCCUUCUUGAAAACCCUUUGACCCGUGAUCUUGCAAAAAAUGCAAAGGACUCUAGCUUCGUCUGGAUUGGAGAGGACCGGCACGCUAUCGUGCAUUUCAACUCGACCCUCCAGCAUGUCGGGGCUUUCCUCACUCACAAGGACACUUAUACAGUUGAAGAGUCAUGGAGCUACCCGGGAAAGGUCAAAGACAUGCUGGCCUUCGUCGAAGGAUGGGAUCCGCUUCUACGUGCCGUGUUCUCCCAGAUCCCUGAAGAAGUUCUCAUCGACUUCAAGUUGCUCUGGAGAGACCCUAUCAAGAAGUGGGUAUCUGACGCUCAAAGGGUCGUACUAAUUGGCGAUGCCGCUCAUCCACAUUUGCCAACCUCUGCCUCUGGUGCUGCUCAAGCUCUAGAGGAUGCGGCUACGUUGGCUGCUCUAAUUGACAAAGCUGGCAAGGCCAACAUAUCAAAAGCUCUGAUGGCUUUCGAGAAGAUACGUUUCGAAAGAACCACGGCGACUCAACGAAUGGGGUGGGAGACACGUCACAAAUGGCACCAGACAGACUGGGACUUGGUCCGAGAGAACCCAGAAUACCUACAGAUUCCACAGCCAGACUGGCUUUACGGUGCGGACCCAGAACGUUACGCGUACGAGAACUAUGAUUCUGUGAUCGAGCAUCUAGAGAAGGGCACUCCUUUCAAGAAUACCAACAUCCCACCUGGCUAUGAGUACACAGAGUGGUCGACUGGAGAGCUGACGGAGUUGGACAAACAGACUGGGGACGAAAGCAUUUACAUUGUGAAGUAA